GCGCAGUGCGGAACGGACACGGGCACGGGAACCGCCGCUGUCACCGCGCUCCGGAGCCGCCGCCAUGGUGCUGGACCUGGACCUGUUCCGUACCGACAAAGGCGGGGAUCCCGCGGCCGUGCGGGAGAUGCAACGGAAACGCUUCAAAGACCCGGCGCUGGUGGACGCGCUGGUGCGGGCGGACGGCGCCUGGCGGAGGUGCAGAUUUCGUGCUGAUAACUUGAACAAGCUGAAGAACCUUUGCAGCAAAACCAUCGGUGAUAAGAUGAAGAAGAAGGAGCCCGUAGGGAGCGAUGAGUCCGUGCCCGAGAGCGCGCAGAACCUGGAUGAGCUGACAGCUGAUGUCCUGGGGGGGCUGCAGGUGUCCCAGAUCAAGAAGGUCCGUCUCCUCAUCGACGAAGCCAUCCUGAAGUGCGAUGCGGAGCGCGUCAGGCUGGAGGCAGAACGCUUCGAGAGCCUCCGGGAGAUCGGGAACCUCCUGCACCCCUCGGUGCCCAUCAGCAACGAUGAGGAUGCAGACAACAAGGUGGAGCGGAUCUGGGGGGACUGCAGCUGCAGGAAGAAGUAUUCCCACGUGGACCUGGUGGUGAUGGUGGAUGGUUACGAGGGAGAGAAGGGGGCCGUUGUCGCGGGGAGCCGGGGCUACUUCUUGAAGGGUCCCCUGGUGUUCCUGGAGCAGGCCCUGAUCCAGUACGCCCUGCAGAGCCUCCGUGCCAAGGGCUACACUCCCGUCUACACGCCCUUCUUCAUGCGGAAGGAGGUGAUGCAGGAGGUGGCCCAGCUCAGCCAGUUUGACGAGGAGCUCUACAAGGUGAUCGGCAAAGGCAGCGAGAAGGCCGAGGACAGCUCCAUCGAUGAGAAGUACCUCAUUGCCACCUCCGAGCAGCCCAUCGCCGCCCUGCACCGCGACGAGUGGCUGAAGCCGGAGGAUCUGCCCAUCAAAUAUGCAGGGCUGUCCACCUGCUUCCGCCAGGAGGUCGGCUCGCAUGGCCGCGACACGCGCGGCAUCUUCCGUGUGCAUCAGUUUGAGAAGAUCGAGCAGUUCGUCUACGCCUCCCCGCACGACAACAAGUCAUGGGAGAUGUUUGAUGAGAUGAUCGCCACGGCCGAGGAGUUCUACCAGUCCCUGGGCAUCCCCUACCAUGUUGUCAACAUCGUUUCGGGCGCCCUGAACCACGCUGCCAGCAAGAAGCUGGACUUGGAGGCUUGGUUCCCAGGCUCAGGAGCGUUCCGUGAGCUCGUGUCCUGCUCCAACUGCACCGACUACCAGGCGCGCCGCUUGCGCAUCCGCUUUGGGCAGACCAAGAAGAUGAUGGACAAGGUGGAGUUUGUGCACAUGCUCAACGCCACGAUGUGUGCCACCACCCGAACCAUCUGCGCCAUCCUGGAGAACUACCAGACCGAGGAGGGCAUCGUCAUCCCCGAGCGGCUGCGGGACUUCAUGCCCCCAGACCUCCGGCAGAUCAUCCGCUUUGUGAAGCCGGCCCCCAUCGAGCAGGAGCUCUCCAAGAAGCAGAAGAAGCAGCAGGAAGGCGGCAGGAAAAAGGCUGCGGGCGGGGAGCGGGUGCUGGAGGAGCAGAUGCAGAACAUGGGCGUCAGCAGCGCCUGAGUCCUUCGGCUCCGCCGGGCUCUGCGCCGCCUCCUUCGCUUCGGGUCGAGUCUGGGGCGGGAGCUGCCCGGUCUCCACCCGGCCCUGCGGCACCACAGUGCAAAGAACUGACAGUCGGGGGCUCCGGCCCAAAGUGCGGCUCCGGCCCCCCCGCCUCCCCCCCAGCGGGGUCACUGCAUGGCGGGCUCAUGGCAGGGGCGGAAACCUUCCUUCCCUCAACCCAAUAAAGCAAAGAAAGCUGCUGA